CAGGCCGCAUGGUUGAGUUUACCGCAAAUUUUACGGAUAAGGUUUCUGGCUCUUCAGCCAUCACAAAUGUCAAUCCAGUCAAUUGUAAAGUGGAAAAAAGCUCCCUGGUUAAGCCUUCUCCAAUUCUUAAUGGCGUUGAUCUAAUGGGUAGAAGGGAUAAGAAAAUAAAUGUGGAAGAUGUAACUGAUAUAACUAAACCCUGGCAGUUGUCUGAAAUUGUGGAUGUUGUCCAAUGUCGAAUAGUUACCAUGCUUGGUAGCACAGAUUCUUCUAGCAAGGUUGUAGGACUUUUAUAUACAAAUUCUGGUGUUGGGGUUUUGGCACUGGGAGCAAAUGGUGUUCAAAAGCUGGGAAGUGGUCACGCAAUGAACAAAAUCCCAAGUGGAAAUGUCAUUCCCAGUGUCGUUCUGAAUCAUUGGCAAUCAAAUAGUUGUUUUCUUAUGACUGAUGAAGUCUCAGGUGUCAACCUUGAAGAAGUAGUUCUGUGUAUAGCUCCAUUCCACGUGUCAUCAUGUUAAAUAUUGAAACCUUAAC